CUCCCACCCUAUAAACAAGGACAGAAGAACAAAGGUCCCAAAACGGAAAAAAAUACGUGAGAGUUGAGUUUGAGAGAGUUUUUUCGAAAUGAAGGUAGUGCAUUGGCUUCUGAUGGUGGCCGUGGCCUGGUGGUUGCGACAAGGGGGCGCUCCCCAGGUGCCCAGAAGCUGCGAAUACCAGUGUGGGGCCGUGCCCGUACCUUUUCCGUUCGGGCUUGAAACCGAUUGUGCGAGGUCCUCAGAUUUUUUGCUCAAUUGCACCAACACCGAAGGGAGCGGUAUUCAACUACAGUGGGGGAAUCUUACGAUACGCAAAAUCUCGACCGGGGACUCGACCAUGGUCAUCAGCCGCCCCGAAGUAUACGAGUGCUACGAUCAGAAAGGCAAGCCAGCAAACAAUAGCGGUCCUCUGGUCAUCGAUCUAUCUUCAAAUCCUCUGUACAGAUUGUCGGACUCCCAGAUAAAGCUCAUCGUCCUCGGCUGCGCCAUCAGCGCGUCCGUGGGCGACAGAGAAGGGACGUUCAGGAGCGAGUGCAGCUCCUCCUGCAGCGACACCGUUGGCUUGUCCAAGGAGACCACUUGCUCCGGUGUUCGAGGUUGCUGUCAAGCAUCCAUCCCAGGGGGGCUCAAGUCGCUCAACAUUAGCAUCUCCUCCGUCAACAAGAACGUGUCGGCCUCGCCAAUCAACAGCUGUGCACUGGCCUUCGUGGUGGACAACAGGUUGUUCAAUGUCUCAGACCGGACGACGCACCCGAUGCUCGAGGAUGUGGGCAAGAGCCCGGGCCUUGUUCUGGACUGGAUGGUCGAACCGAACGUCAAUUGCGGAAAGGCCAUUAUGAACAAGUUGAGCUAUCCCUGUGGUAAGAAUACGGAUUGUGAGGACUUGGAGAAUGGACCGGGUUAUCGUUGCGUUUGCCAGCAUGGGUACUAUGGGAAUCCCUACACUCCCCACAAAGGGUGUAAAGACAUCGAUGAGUGCAAGGACCCAGAAAAAUACCAAUGUCAUGGAAAGUGCAAAAAUACUCCCGGGAGCUACACAUGCCAUUGCCCAUUUGGAAUGCAGGGCAAUGCUAAAGACAUUUGCCAUAUUUCUCCUUGGGUCGGACUUGUUCCAGCGAUUAUUCUGUGCUUCUUCACAAUUGUUGGUGUUUUAGCCUUUCACAUGUGGAGGAGGAGAAGCAAAGAGAAAAACUUCAGACGAAAUGGAGGAGAUCUCUUGAAACACCACAGAGUUGAAAUCUUUACAGAGUCAGAGCUGGCAAAAGCAACCAACAACUAUGAUGAGAGCAAUAAGCUCGGUGAGGGCGGUUUUGGUUCCGUCUAUAGAGGGAGAGUCGCAGGGGAUAUCGUGGUUGCGGUCAAGAAGCCUAAAGAUAUGCACAAAUCUCUAAUAAAUGGGGAUUUCCAGCAUGAACUUGAAAUUGUGAUGCAAAUAAACCACAAAAAUGUGGUGAAGCUCCAUGGCAUAUGUUUGGAGACUAGAAUACCAUUGCUGGUUUAUGAAUACAUUUCGAAUGGUACCCUCUUCCAACACAUCCAUCAAAAUGCGUCAACCAUCUUGAGAUCAUGGAAAAACCGGCUCAAAAUAGCCGCCGAAGCAGCUCUUGCACUCGAGUAUAUGCAUUCCUGUGCAGAUCCUCCAAUCAUUCACGGCGACAUCAAGUCGGUGAACAUACUUUUGGAUCAAAAUUACUCAGUAAAAGUGUCUGAUUUUGGAACUUCAGUGCUUAUAUCACCAGAGCAUAGUCAUAUUGUAGCCACUGAAAUACAAGGCACAUUGGGCUACAUCGAUCCAGAAUAUUUAACCACCGGUAUGUUAACAAUUAAGAGUGAUGUAUACAGCUUUGGAGCUGUCCUCGUGGAGUUGCUCACGGGAAAGAAGCCUACAAGUUUUAUUACUAAGUCUGGAGAGUCAAUCAAUAUUAUUCAUUAUUUCAUCUCUUCCGUGAAGGAUAAGACACUCUCCGAUGUCAUAAGCUUCAAGGCCACUAGUGAAGAUGAAAUGGAGAGAGUAGGAAUGGUUGCCGAUAUUGCAGUGAAGUGCUUGGACCAAAGUGGUGCGAGGAGGCCGGCAAUGAGGGAAGUGGCUGAGCAACUCGUCAGGAUUAACCGCGAGCUCGACAGCUCAACAGUUGAAGAAAACAAUGAAGAGACCGAAGGCGAGGUGGAUGAAGAAAACCUCUACUCCCAUGCGACUUCAACUAAUUCCAAGAUGAGCCAGCAUGGGACGUCGGGCUCUCUUUUCUAUACAGCAAGUUCCAGCGUCUGAUCUUUUGUUACUAUAGGGACAUGUCUAUUAAUUGUCCAUGAGGACUUCUAGGGUUGAUUGUGUAUCCUGAAUAUAUGUAAUGUUUGCCAUUUGUUCUGAACUUAUAGUUGUGCGACCGUUUGUGCAAGUUUAAGUGUCACAAUCUAAUAUUACAUAUGUAUAGCUGUGCACUGAGGUAGACUUAUAGAUGGCUGAUAUGUGGCCAUUUUGACAUUAUCAUAAUUUCUCUUUCCCUUU